GUAAUGGUUUCAGUCCAGAGAUUCUCCGGCACUGAACCAGAGAACAACUGCACAAAAUCUCUCUGGGUGAAGCUGUCAUUUGCACUAUGAAAAUCUUCCUCUACUUAGCGGCCGUUGCUCUCUGUUCUGCGCAGGAUUUCGGUCACAUCGAGAACCUGCAGGUAACGAGUGGUGAUGGCUCCAUAACACUGGAGUGGGACUUCGUGGCAGGAGAUCCUACAUACAAGCUCCACAAGUACACUAUUCUUACCGAUAAUGACUUCAGCACUGAUCUCCGCUGUCCUGCUGCUCACUGUACAACCAUCAUAGACUACCUUGAUGCCUGCAAGGAACACACCUUUGAUGUAACUCCUGUUUUUGAUGACACAGUGAAUGGCGGGUCAGUUAACGGAGACACCUCCUCCAUCAGUGGAUUUACUAACGAUCUACCGCCGAGCUCCCCCUCCAACCUGAGGGUCCUCUCGGAGGACGACUCGGGUACAACUCUACAAUGGGACGCCCCCACCAAGAACCCAAUAUGUGUCCAGUCCUACAAGGUUUGCUACAGGCUGGAUAAGGACCCGACACCCACCUGUGAGACGACGGAGGACACCACCAUCACCCUGGCUGGUCUACAAGCCUGCGGCAAGUAUCACGUGACUGUGACGCCCGUGACGCCCAGUGAUACAGAGGGACCCCAGCUGGAGCAGGACGUCACCACUGAGGAUGGACUACCAGGGCCGCCCCAGGACGUGAAGGUGGGAAUCACCACCGACAGCCUCAUUGAGAUGGAAUGGAACAACCCUGCCAUCAACCCUCUCUGUGUUCAGGAUUACUCCAUCACUUAUGGUGAGGUCGAAUCCCGACGCCGCUUCAGCAGCCACCAAGUGGAGGACUUUGGUGAUGACUACGAUCACCACGCUAACAUCGGCCCCCUCGAACCCUGUACUGAGUAUAUCAUCAACAUAACUUCUAUCAGCAAGAAUGGCCUUAAGAGCGAGUCAGUCAGCAGUGAGGCAGCGACCAUUGAUACUGAUCCACAGCCGCCUCCCUACGUGGUACUCGACUCACCCGACUCGGACACCAUCGACGUAGAAUGGGGCGUGAACGAGGGCGACCGCUGCGCUGGAUACUACAUUGUAUGUUGGACCGACGACAUCACAAAAGUGGAGGUGUGUCAGAAUGUGACGGAUGGUGGCAGCUUAACCAUUAGUGACCUCCUCGCCUGUGCACUUUACAACGUGAGCGUAACGGUGGUCACCCCAAGCGGCAUCCCCAGCAACACCGUCACCAACCACACCUACACUAAGGAGCUUGCGCCCGGACCCGUCCAGAACGUUCAGGUGAUCGAGGCUCACCUGAGUUCUCUAACAGUGUCCUACGAGGUGCCCGUGACCAACCCGCAGUGUGUUGGUGCCUACGACACUCGAGUGAUCAACCUUGACAAGUUGGACAACUCAGCCAAGAAAGUGACCGAAGGUGUGGUGAAAACAAACACCAUCGCCGGCCUUGAGCCAUGCACCAACUAUGAAAUUGAAAUUGCUGCUGUUAGCCAUAGCGGCGAGUAUAUGUCUGUCUGGAAGAAAGUCGAUGGCAAAACUAAAGAUGGUACUCCCUCUGAACCACAAAAUAUCUCAGUGAAAGACGCAACUAUUGACUCGCUCACACUCCAGUGGUUCGAGCCUAUUACUAACUCUCCUUGCGUCAUUCAGUACGACCUUACCUGGACGGACGGUAUUAACACCGGUUCCGCAAAAAUUUCAGAUGUAACGAGUAAUAAAUUUGAGUACACAAUUGAAGGCUUAAAUUCAUGUGACGAAUACACAAUCACCCUCUCUGCCAAGUCCACGACCAGUGAGAGCCGCACAAAGAAAAUCAUUCAAAAGACCGACUGUCCCUAAUUGUACGGUAACAUCUGGGUCUUCCGCCCACCAGAGACCAUUGUGCCACACCUGAGCCUACGUCAUACUUAGCUCACACACGUUUACGUGAUUUAUACUGUCUUUGCUGCUGUAGCCUUACUCAGUAUGAUAUAAAAUUUUCUUGACAGGA